CAGCUUCAACAGUGUAGAAAUUCGCUCAAACCUGUCCGGUCGAACUUUCGUUAGUGUUCUCGAUUUUGUCACUCGAGCGCAAUAGAACGGGAACCACCAGAAGUUGCGACAAUUUGCUACAAACAGGACACUGUUGUGAAGAGCGCAGGAAAAAUACAACGUGUACAGUUUUGUGCCUACGAGACUCGUGACGACACGCCGCUCUACCACGUCGCAUUUACGCAUCUUUGCAGCGAAGAUAAGCUAAUAAGAGACGAAUCCUCCAACAUCUGCGUUUAAAAGCGCUCCACACACCCUAACGUAGAGAACAUCACAGCGUAUCCACAAACCAGCUAAGAAAAAUGGCCCCGAAGCAGCGAAUCCGCAUCGCCAACGAGAAGGCCAGCAAGAACAUCACACUCCGUGGCAACGUGCCGAAAUCGUCGAAGAACGCCGAAGAAAAGUACCCGGUAGGACCGUGGCUGCUGGCACUGUUCAUUUUCGUCGUGUGCGGCUCGGCGAUAUUCCAGAUCAUUCAGUCGAUCCGUAUAGCGUAAAAGAGUGAUCGCGGCCGCCGAUCAACUACUCUGUAUCUGCAAGAUCUUUCCGUUUCCCUGUACACAGUAUGCCGCCCCUCACUCCUCUUGCUGGAAAGCGCCUUUUGCUUUUCAUUUUCCCCGACAUUUCUCGUCCGCUGGAUAUGGACCCAGUACGGACCUGGACUGAUUUCGAUUGCAAUUGAUAUCAGCGUAGAUGUUUUUGUUUACUUCCAUCGUGCAAUAGUUAUUUUUCGGCGGUUGUUUCCUUUAUCUCGAUGAUAUCGAUUCCCUUUAGAGACCAAUUUGAUAUAUUUUGUAUGCAUGUUCGUUUUGUAAAAUAUUACCGCAAUGUGAAUGUUUCCGAGGUUCCAUGCACUGACUGAUGCUUUCUUUUUUUGUUGUUUUGUGUUUUGCCGAUGUACGCGAUACGAUAAGAGUUAUGACAAUUGGAUCAAGCAAAAACUUCGAUUGGGUGUGCAAAUGCAAACAGAUCUUGGCAUUCAGACUGUAAUGUGAAAGGCAUUAUUUUCCUUUCGAUUUCAUUCCUUUGAAGUUCCGUCUUAAAACAUCGGACACCAGGAAUGCCUUGCAGCCGACGAAGCAGUGAAGUGUGUAUUUGAAGAACUAAAAAUGAUGUAGCCUGCCAGAAAUAGAAUUUUUCGAAAUCUCUUGCACACUUUCCCGCCCUCAGCCUCGGAUGAUGCAUCCUGCCGGGCUUAAUUAUAAACAUACGUACUACCAGGGACGAACAUACAGAACAGUGUCCUUCCAAGCGCCAGCAAUGGCUGGGAGGCUCAUAACAAAGCAAACUAUCUAGAACCCGAUGGGAGCUAGGAAUCGCGCAAAACCGGAAUCCCACUAUCCAAUCAAACGAAGCAGCAAACUAUAGAUAAGAAUAAUUCAUGUGGCCCCAAAACUACCACGUUUCGCGCAAACCAAGAAGACACACCAAGGUGCAGGUGCGGACAGUAGGAAGAGAGGGUGUGGAGGUUUACUUUUUUACUUGUCUGAACUAGAAAGACCAAAUGUUGCUUCUUUCUUGACCAAAACUUGUUGGAUGAACGUGCGCGGAACGCGGAGGUAACAUGUGUACAGGCGAAUUUAAAACAUAACAUGGACAUAAGCAUAAAAAAAAUGAAACCGGCGCGAAAAGCAUGGAUACCCUCACACCACUCAGACUCUUUUUCGCGUACUUUCGAUACGGUCACCUUUGUGUGGAAACUGCGAGCGGAAAAUCGCAAAGAAAUUAACGUAUAUACAUUAAGAUGUGAGAAAACCACAAAUUGACAAAACUAAUUUGGUGAACAUUAUAUACUAUCAA